GCAGUGAUGGAUGCUUUUAAAGAGGCAUGUGCAGCAACAAGCCCAAGUACAAUAGUGAUACCAAAAGGAACAUUUCCGAUGAAUAAAGUAAAAUUACAAGGGCCAUGCAAGGCACCUUUGGAGCUUCAAGUCCAAGCCACUUUACAAGCUCCUCCAGAUCCUAAACAACUCACUGGUGAAGGUGAAUGGUUCACAAUAAAUUAUCUUGAUCAUUUCACACUUUCUGGAACUGGUAUUUUUGAUGGCCAAGGUAAAGCUGCCUGGGCUCAGAAUGAUUGUGCGAAAUCCAAGAAUUGCCAUCUUCCCAAUAAUUUGAGCUUCAACUUCCUUACGAAUUCCACAAUCCAAGACAUAACUUCAAAAGACAGCAAAAUGUUCCAUGUCAAUGUGAACGGUUGCAAGAAUUUGACAUUUAUGCGAGUUAAAAUCACUGCUCCACCGGAAAGCAUCAAUACCGAUGGCAUCCACGUUGCAAGAUCGAGCAACGUGAACAUCACGGAUAGUGUAAUUGGAACAGGAGAUGACUGCAUCUCUGUAGGUGAUGAAUUGGAACAGCUAUAUAUCACUAGAGUCACUUGUGGCCCUGGACAUGGUAUUAGUGUUGGAAGCCUUGGAAAGACUCCUGGUGAAAAGCCCGUGGUGGGAGUUUAUGUGAAGAAUUGCACAUUUAUUAAUACUGACAAUGGUGUUAGGGUGAAGACAUGGCCAGCUUCACAUGAAGGUGUUGUCACGGAUUUGCACUAUGAAGAUAUCAUUGUGCAAAAUGUUAGCAACCCUAUUGUCAUUGAUCAAGUCUAUUGCCCAUACAAUCAAUGCAACAAAGAUUUGCCAUCACAAGUGAAGAUAAGCAAAGUGAGCAUAAAUAACAUAAGGGGAACUUCAAGAACACAAGAUGCAGUGCUUCUACUGUGCAGUAAAGGAGUACCAUGUGAAGGAGUGGAAGUUGGAGACAUAGACAUUUCCUACAAUGGAAAGGAAGGACCAGCAAAGUCUAAUUGUGAGAAUGUCAAGCCUACUUUUGUAGGGAAGCAGAAUCCACCUGUUUGUGCUGGAACUCUAUCUGCUUGAGCUUUUUAAAUUUAUGGUAGCUCCCAAGUUUUAUGGGUCAUGGGUUAGAACAGUGAAAACAGUUCCUAAUGUUUGCAUUAGGGUAGACUGUCACAUCACACCUUUAGAGGUGCGGUUCCUCCCGGAUCUCUAUGAAUGCGAGAUACUUUGUGCACCGGACAGCCUUUUAUUAGACUCCAAGAUUUGUGCUUCUUUAAGUCCUUUUUUUAAGAUGUUAGAAUCUACCAGUUUGCACUGGUCCUGCUCAGUGUAGUUGAGCUUUAUUUUUUAGAAAAGAAAUAUAGUUUUUUUUUUUUUGGAUAUCCUUGAAAAAUAGGAAGUGUUCACGUAUCAAAGUGUAGAAAUAACACAUGAAUAAUACUAAUAGGAAAUCCUCUUGGCGACAGAUUUUUAAACAUGA